AUGCCCCACACUAGUGUUGACUCGGUUUCGCACCCAUCUGACAUUGACUAUAGGGCAGAAGUUCUCCUCUUAGUCACUAAAUUCGAGGCAGGUGAAGAUGACAUAGUGAUAUCUGCAUAUCCAAGCAGAGACUCUACACCUGACAGUCAACAUAGCCAUGAUUAUGAGCCAUGCCUCGGUGGCAACUCGCAUGGUCAAGGCGCCCCUGUGUACUCCUGUGGGUGCUACCGGCGUACGAAAGUUGAACAUACAGACGCACCUGAACAACACCAGGGACUGGGGCUUAAACAGGAGGUUGAUAGUAGCGGCGAAAUCUGGCCCCUGAAGUGCAAGAGGUCCAAGUCAACCUUCGAGUCAGACUCUCUAGGAGAUAUAGUCAUGACGCCACACUGCUUUGGACGAAACCUGACCAAUGUCCAACACGCUAAAUCAGUGCUGGCACUUGAAGGAUUGAAGCGCAGGAAGCUGGAGAAGGCCUUUGAAUUAAACAGAAGCGCAACUCACGAAACCUUGAUCCAGGAUAUCGUGAAACAUCUCGAAGCUGCCAUUGACAGACAGACGGAAGUGUUGUCCAAGAUUUAUGGUGUUCUGGAGAGCCGUGCUAAGUAA